AUGUCGACUCCUUCAGAAACCAUAAACUUCUGCGGACUCCUCUCCGAAACAAAUCGCAUACGCCGUACCAAUUCUCUCCUCUUCUUUGCCCUCUCUGGCCUUUUCCUCUUCCCCCUCUCUUUAUCUACCCUCAUCUACCCCACUCUUCAAUCCAGCCUCUCCCAAUACGAUGCCGUCAAUACCCAAAUCCUCCAUCACAACCCCACUGAAACUCUGAUUCUCUAUCUGCUCUACACCCUCUUCGUCACCCUCCUCUCUCUCUGUGCCACAUCCACAAUUACCUACACCGCCUUCCAUGGAUUCUACGGUACACCCGUCAAAUUCAAAUCCGCCAUUAAAUCACUCGUCUACUCAGUCCCACCUCUUGUGAUCACGAUGGUAGUUUCACAGAUAAUUGUAGCUCUGAUAGGUAUGAUUUUCGGCAUUCUUGUCGCUUUGUUGUACACAGGGUCGCAGUUUUUUGGGUUCGAAAUCGAUUAUAAUUCGAAUUAUUUCAUUGGGCUUUGCAUAUUUCUCGCGAUCUUACUUGGGUUGAUCGUGAUUUGGUUACAAGUGAAUUGGGCCUUGGCUAGUGUAAUUGUGGUGGUGGAAUCAAAAUGGGGGAUCGAGCCGUUGCGUCGAAGUACCCAUUUGAUGAAGGGAAUGAAAGGACUUUGGUUGUCGAUACUGUUAUUGUACGGGUUCCCUAUUGGGUUCUUCAGCUGGGCAAAUUCGACGCCGGUGAUUUUGGUAGCAAAUACAGUGUUGUACAUGUAUUGCAAGGCUUUUCAUGGUGAAUUGGCGUUGCAGAGUGGUGAUGAGUUUGCACCAGAGUAUACUAGCGUGCCCAUUGAUGAUGACAAAGUAGCUCACGGUGUUUAA